CCGGGCCAGGCAGCCUUGCUCAGGGUGGACAGAUGGGCGCACCCUCGGGCUGACGGAUGAAAAGUCGGGCACGUGAACUCUCACCUCCAAAUUGGCUCUGUGCCGGGAGGUGGCGACGGCGGCGGCCGUAAGCUCCGCGGUGGGGGCAGCUCCCGCGUUCUCCUGCCGGCUCCUGCGCGCCGCCUCUGCUCUUUGCAUAGUAAUUUCAGUUUCUGCGCGCAGCGCGCUCGCUCUGGGAACUGGUCUGAAAGCGACCGCAGCUCCGGGGCCCGCCGGAGCCACCCACCUGGCGCCGAGAGCCGUUGGUUGGGCUAUGAGACGGGAAGCCACCGCCACAGCGCAGGCAGUGGCCCCGCCGCCCCGGGGAGAACCGGGCGAGAGCAGGUUGGUUCUUCAGAGGAAUUAUCCCUGACUGUGUCUUUAUUCUGAGCUACAACUGCUUCCCAGUGGGAGCACUACUCAAGGGAGAGAUUCCUAAAGAGAAAUUCCAUGGGGACUGUACCUGACCCUCUAAGAUCGGCUAAAACUUCCCUGAUUGCAGCUUCUGGAAAAGAAGAGGAUCUAGGAGAGGUGGGGUUGGCCUCACCUCAACAUCACGCAGCCCUCCUGUGUAAGAACACCAAUGGCCUGUCAGGAGUUCCUGCCAAACCAGACUUCAACCCCAAGGCAGCUGCUGAGGCCCUGAUGCAGGCUCGUGAGCAUGAGAACACCCAUCCAAACAUGUCUUCUCCUGGUGUCUUCAAUGAAGUGGACAAAGUGUCUCCCACACUCAUCUCUCCUGGUAAAACCCAGCUACCAGGUAACAGUGAGCCCAUAGCACCAGCUCCGUGUUCUUCAGUAGGAAAGGAUCUUAGCCAUGCACCAUUUAAAAUGCCAGCCAGUCAGCACACCCAUCAGGCCAUCCCAGGUGGUCAGCCCAAGGCCAGCCCCUCAUCAGUACCUGAAGAUACCCAGGGGAAAUCGCAGAGAACGUCAAAGGGAGAGCAACCCGAAAAGUCAAGUUGUCCUGCAGGAAGCAUCCUUGGCAGCAGCAAAGAUCACGUGCCCUGUGAUUUUCUUUCUCAAGAAACAAUCGAGGGAAAGGUGCAAAAUCCAAAUACAGCAGCCCAGGGCUUCAGUCAUUCAGCCUCUCCUGUAGGUGGACCUGAAGGGGAUCAGGAGCAGGUCAUUUGUGACUCUGAGAUGAGGUUCUGCGAAUCUCCAGCAAGAGAAGUUGGAUAUUCAGAGAACAAACCACCCUCUGCCAUUGUCUCGGACACCCAGUCCAUGACUUCUGUGACACCUCAACCAUCACACUUCAGUAGCAAAGGUUCAACAUUUCCUCCAGAUCCAGAGAAGGUGCUGUCCCAAGUACAACAGCAGAUAUCAAGGUUCAAAGAAGCAAGUACAAUGACCAACCAAGCUGAUAGCGAGAGCAAGGACAUUUCCCACAGGGCUCAGCAAGAUGCUGAAGUGCAGGCUGUGGCCAGUGUUGAGAGCAGAUCAGUCUCCACGAGUCCCAGCAUCCUCACUGCAUUCUUAAAGGAAACCCCGGUUCCAGAGCAUUUCGAACAAGAGCAGCUGAGUGUCAUUUGCCAUGGCAGUGGCAGCAGGAGCCACACAUUGGAGCUCUCUGACAACACGCUAGUCUCCCGGGAGUCAGGUCAUUGCCGUGUCAUCAUGUCAGAGGUGCACAGCCAGGCAGCUGCAGCUGUUUCUGCAGCUUUCCAAGGGGAAAGUAAAUCAUCAUGCUUACCAGCUGAGGUUCUUAAAUCCUCAUCUAUCAACAUGGCAUCCAGUCAUGCUCAGGAAACAUGUAAAGAAGAUGGGAGGUCGGCAGGAACGAUACCAGGGAGGGAAGAAGCAACCGUUAAACAGCUUUCAAGUACUCAUUCUAGCUCCCUGAAAGCUAGCCCCAUUGAUCAGGCUUCUAUCAGGGUAGGCAGCCAAGCUGAAAUAAGUCAUGGAAUGGGGAAAUUUGAAGCCACACCAUCUGAGUUUAUGGUGAAAACCAUAAACGACCACACAAGAGAUCCAGAUUGCAAACAAUCCAAUGCUUGCAGCUCCACCAGCAAAGCUGACCAGCCUGGGAGCUUGGAUCCCACUGAUAAAGGAGGUGCAAGGGAAAAGAAGCUCACGUCUCCUCAGAUAGUAAAGGAGCAAGAGUCUACUGGCAUCAGUACCCCCGAUGAAAAGGCAGAGGCCAGAACCUUACUUCUCAACCCUAAGUCUCAAGAAAGUGGAGGCACAGCAUCAGCGGCUAAUCCCACACCCUCUCCAAUGAGGAAGAACCAGGAGAGUACCCUAGAAGAAAAUAAACAGACCAAGACAGCCACAAGCCUGAGCCUGCCAUCUGAUUCCAUGGGUGAUUCUAGUCCAAGCUCUGGGAAGAAGACCCCUUCUCGCUCGGUCAAAGCCAGCCCACGCCGGGGCAGCCGGGUCAGUGAGUUCCUCAAGGAGCAAAAGUUAAACGUGACAGCAGCUGCCGCUCAAGUCGGACUCACUCCAGGAGAGAAGAAAAAGCAGCUGGGCGCGGACUCCAAGCUGCAGUUGAAACAGUCCAAGCAUGUCAGAGACGUUGUGUGGGAUGAGCAGGGCAUGACCUGGGAAGUGUACGGUGCCUCCUUGGACCCAGAAUCCUUGGGUAUUGCGAUCCAGAACCACUUACAAAGGCAAAUCAGGGAACACGAGAAGUUAAUCAAAGCUCAAAGUGGCCAGACCCGGAGAUCCGUUUCCUCAGAUACUUCUUCAAAUAAAAAGCUCAAAGGAAGGCAGCACGGUGUUUUCCAGUCCAUGCUGCAGAACUUGCGACGCCCCAACUGCUGUGUUCGUCCUGCCCCUUCUUCUGUGUUAGAUUGAAAGGAAGUGAGCAUGGGGGCUCUUGUAUACACUUAGGGUAUUCAUGAGUGUCAGUCUAUGGGAAAGCUUACUUAUAUUGUUUUUCCCAGAGACCAGGAAGAGAAAGAGCUAUUAAUAGAAAUCCAGUAUGAAGUACAGGAAAUUGCUAUUAAGAAUUGUAGGGUCCUUUGACUGGGGCUCCAUAAAUAAAAAUGCCAUUUCAAUUUGAAAGGAAGUAUGAGAGAAGAGAAACAAACUUCACUGAAGGUUUAUAAUCUUAAUGAAGUAGAAACAAUAUUCACUAGGUUUUUUUGGUAUGAUGUUGCUUAUAGACAGCAUUAUCAUUUUACAUGUGUCAUUUUGUAUCACUGCCUCAAUUUAUCACACUAUGGCAUUUCCAUCAAAAUCCCUGCUUUAUAUUUAAAAUGGUAAAAACACUAUUAGCAAAACACUUAAAAUUUCUAGUCCUAUUGCAAUAAGAAAGCUAUAACCACACAAAUUUUAAGUGAUAACAACAAUAAGGUAAAAAAUUGAGACAAAUUUGACUCAUUCCUAGUCAGAUGAUGUUAAAUAAAAGCAUUUAACUGCAUAAAGUACCAAAUGUUAAUUAAUAUUUGUAAACAUAUGCAAAUAACACUUUUUAUGAACCUUGUUAUACCUGUUAAUAAAUACAAGAAAGUUAUAUUAGAGAAAUUGGCUAAGCUUUUGACUAUAAAUACUGCCUACAUAAAAUAUGAACUUAUAGAUAGAUUUUCCUGCGCUGAAGGAAAGGUGCAUCUCUUUGAUUUUGACUAGAUUAAAUUCGUUUGUCCUUACCCUCUAGAAAGUACCUGAUAAAUUCUUUAAUUUAUCAUGAAAUUAGUGAUAAUACUAAAUUUUAUGUUUUUAGGCAACACAAUGUUUUCUGGUAACAUUCUACUGAGACUUACGGUUCUAGUAAGGAAUUGUGAAUAGCCAAUCACCAAACAUUCUUUUCUGUGUUGAGUAAAGGAGAGCCCCAUAAGUAACAAAAACAAUAUGUUUAAUUUAAACUCCAAUAACAGGAUGGCAUUAUGUUUUUCUUUUGAUUCAAUUCAGUAGCUUCUAAUGGAAAAUGUAGUUAGUACUAACCAAAUAGGAGCUUCCUUAUACUGUUUGUAUGCAGACUAAUAUCAUCUAAUUGCUUAAAUCUAUAAUCUGUAAUAAAAAGGUAUACUCUGAAUUUUUUUUUUAAGAGAAAUUCCAUCGUAUCUCAUCUUUAAAACCCACUGAGAGAAGAGGCCCUUACAAAAACGUGGUUUGAGCUUUGGGUGGGCUGUGAUACGUGAGAAUAUAAGCACCUAUUUGAGCUCAGCCUGCACUUGUCCCUGGAAAAGGACAGUGUCCUUCUGACCCAUGACUGUCCUCCAGGCACUGGCUUGGGAUGACGUGUCAUGGCUUUAAAGUUAGGACAGUCUGAAAGAGAAAAAUGAGCUAGAGCCCUGGAAGGGAUUCCCUAUAGGGAGAGCACAGGCCUCCAUCUUGCGUUUAGAAAAUCAGGCUGAUUUUGUUGUUGCCGGGGUGCUAUUGUUUUCUCCAAACUCAUUCCCUCUGAUGAGCCAGAAAAGAGUAUCUGUCCGUGUAUUAUCUCUCCAGAGACUCAUAAAUGCCAUUUGUGCAGUAAAUUCCUAAGAUCUGCUUUGGCUUUCUUUCAUUUUCUUCUAUUUUGCAGAUUCUAAGCAUAGGGGAAACAAUUAUACCUGGACUUGAACACCACAAGCUACAUGGGACACAACCUAAAUUAGAAAAAAAGCCAUUGAUUUCUUUCAAAGCAAUCUGACUGUAUAUGAAGCCUGGUAAGCAGACCACAGUCACACCAUUCUCACACCCUGAGAACAGUAAUUACAGUUGUAAUUAGAACUUACAAUGUGACUCAUGUUUCAGUUCCUUAAUUGGCCUAUAUUAAGAAUGAUAUCUGAAGUAGAAACUGCCACCUAUGCUUAAAUCAUUAGAAAUUUAGUAUAAAAACCAUUUCUCUUUUGGUCUUAAAUGCCCAGUUUUUGUUGUGUUCACAUUGCAUCUGUUGUUUCAGAUGCCUUUGCCAGAGCAUAAUCUGUCCCAUCUCCCUCUCCUUGGCUAUCUCCCUCGCACAUCGGCACACAUGCUGUGUAUACACAGAGUACACCCUGCGUACACAGUAACAGAUGUCAACAGUACCCACUCCAGAUGGGUGGGCCCUGUGUAAUCCUCUGCUGUGAGGCAUAGAACAGGCUGUUCCUGCAUUAAAAUAGGAGAGAAGAAAGAAUUUAGCAUCUGGUAAUAAUAUUUAUUUUCAUGAGUUUGGAGUAACCACAUGAUUUAUAAAUAGUUAAAAGAAACAGAGACCUAAGAAGAGUUAUAGGCAUUUAUCCCAAACUAGGUAAAUUGGAACUGCUGAUUUGGUAUUACAGUUGGGGCUCUCAAAUUAAAGGUUUUUUUUGAAAAAGGAGGUUUGAUGUAAUAAUUAUAACUGGUUUUCUUUGGUGCUAGAACUAAAUUCUCUAAUUCUACAAUGCUCUAGAAAUUGCCACCAAAUACUAUCAACACUUUCUUGUUUUGCUGCUUAUUAACUCCUCCAGCACUAAAAACUUUCAAAAACAAUAACAGAAAUAAAUCAUCAAAUGGCUAAAUGAGAUAGGAGCCUAAUGAAAACAGCAGUUUUGCAUUAUGAUACUCUAAGGUACUAACUGACAAUAAAACCUUUGUUUGAAAAUUUUCCUUCACUUCAGUCUAUGCAGCGUAAAUAAACAUUUAGGACAUCAUUUGCCACACCUUAGGUUCAUUCAGCAAAUGAAGUUGCAAGACAAUGUUCAUGGUAGACUCUUUGAACCUGCUGUUAUUCUUUUCAGUUAUCCACCUUCAUGACAUGCUGGGUUGAAAGUUGUUUGUUUUUGUCCUUAAUUUCUUUUAGAUAUGAUUUGGUCCUUUUAAUGCAUUUUAGUUUGUGAAAUAUAGAGAUGAUUUUUUUAUCAAAUCAAGAAAUAUAAAUCUUUUCUUAAACCAAUAGUAAAAGAGAUGAAUUAGAACUCAGUGUCUGGAGGAUAAGUAAACAUUUAAAAUGUCAAGAUGCUUCUACCACUUACCAGGUGAAUACUAGAACUUUUAAUUUAAAUACUGAAUUAUCUGCUUUUAUGACCACACACAAAAAAACAUAUCACAUAGCUACAUAUAUUGCAUAGCUAACACAUAUCAUCAGUGUUUCCAUGUGUUUAUCCUUAGAGUGCUUUCCUGUUAUGUCUUUCUGGAUUAUUGGUAUUUGAUCCCCUAGACCAACUACUGAUUAACCUUAAUUGAACAUUUGCUUAAGUCAAGGCUAACCAGAAACUUUUUUGUUUUCAUCCAAAAUGAAGUAUUUAUAAAAUGUGUUUGUAUGCUUUCCUACCUUGACAAGCUCGUCUGUAUUGAAUAUAAUUUGAUCUUUGAUGAGUUUUGAAUCUUGAGUUGUCUGAUGUUCACUAUUUUACAUACCAGUGUUCUCCAUGUUACAGGGUAAAUAUCAAAAUUGAAAUAAAUUGGACUGAAUAGUCAUGCAUACCAUAUACCCUUGGGGUUGAAUUUGGAACCAAAUCCUUAAUAGGAGCUUGUUGUCUUAAAGUAGAAAGCAGAAAGGGAAAUGGCAUUUGGCUACAUCCCAGAAACUUGAGGCUUUACCUUUCCAAUCUUAUUUUAAUGUUAUUCCUCUCAUUUCUGGGAAUACCUAUUAUUCUGGGAAUACCUAUAUACCACACAAAUAAAAAAACUUUACAGUUUUUUUUUACAGAAGAAAUAUACAUCGAAUUUCUGUUAAUGUAAAUUGAUUGGCCUUUGCUAUAUCCACUCUAUCACUAUUUUGCCUCCAAUAUGUGAGUAAUUAUCGUCUUCUUCCUCCUCCAUAUUGAAAAAUAUUUUAAAAUGUGUCCACUUUUAAUGCCACAUAAUUCACUACAUCCCUUGUUUAAUUUUUAAGAAACAGUGUAAAGAAUAAUAAUACAUUACGAUAAGGUUUGCAUAUAUGUAUGUGUUUUUACUGAAAAUAGGGCAUGUGUGGCCUUGUGUAAGCCUCUACCUGUCUGAUUUACUCAUUGUCUACAAUGCUACCAUGGAGAUGAAGCUGUUUACUCUCUGUGGCUUUUGUCCUAAAUGGUGUUUGAGAAAUGAGACCCGUGAAUUUCCCUUUGUGAUAGUAACACAAUGAACUCAGCAGUAUCUUGGAUAAGUGAGCUACCUGCCUUGUCCACACCCUGUUUUGUCUACGUGAAGAAUCAAAAGUCACGUCCACGUCUGCUCCAGUGUUUGUGAUUUUAUAUUGAGAUCUGUGCAUUUUGCUUUCUGUUAGCAAUUCUUGAUGUCAUAUAUGGCCUGCUUGGUUGAUUUCUCUCCAAAUGUGGGUCAGCUGCUACCAUCCGGCAAAUAACAGGUAAUAUGCUGAAUCUCUUGUCCAUCCUUGUAACUAUAUCCUUUUUUAUGCAACUCUGCAACUGGCUGAGUAAUUAUAAAUGUCAUCUGUGCAGACACAUUGGCUUAAAGAUGUCUGUAAAAUUUUAGACAUUUUUGCAAAGCAGGGGAGAAUCGUCCUAUAAGUAUCGAAACAGAUUUCCAUGAACUUGAUCCUAUUCUUGGGGAAAAAAAAUUCUCUUAGGCUACAGGAAUCAAAUAAGCUUGGUUUGCAAUGACGAAGGACGUAAGCGGAGAGAGAUUGAGGUAGAAAAAUUCUGUUUUACAGGUGACAUCUGCCAGAGGUCAUUACAGCUACUUUUAACUGUGAACACUCACCAGCUAAACUACUCACUUGCCACAACCAAAUAACCUCUCUAAAGUAAAUCCAGUACAUCUGUAUAUAUGUGUAGAUAGAAACAAACAAAAAAUCCUGAAACAUUACUGUUAGCUAUUAAAUAAAUCAAUGGGAUGAUAAUUAUAAAGGACAUUCAAAUAACUGUGGACCUUGGUGAAAUGACUACAGGGGUCAGAAUGGUGCAACAAGAUGUCACUUAAAAGUUUUUUUAAGACCCAGAUAUCUCAGAUACUAAUCAUGAGAAUAAAGACUGUUGAAUAUGAAAUUAAAGCUAAGCAAUAAUGUGCCAAAAAUAUGAGGCAGUUAUACCAGCAAGUGCAUCUAUUAUGGGCACACCAUUAUGUAAUUAUUGUUUGCGCCAUGAAAACUGACUGUAACCCACAAGAUGAAACAAGUGAAGGCAUAAUAUCUGCUUUCUUGCCAGAAAAAACUUGUUUAGGAGCUCCAUAAAGACAUAUAGCACUAGUGAGCAUUAGAGGAGAUACGGUUAACAUCUCUGUUUUUAUGCUAGCCAAGACAGAAAAGGAGUCACCAAAAGUCUUGCUGGCUGAAAAUUCAACAGCUCUGACCAGAAACUUCGAUGAAAUGAAGGGGUUAAGCAUACGGCCCAUACUCUUCCUAAACACUAGCAUGCAGAAAAGCAAGUCAGUGAACUCUUCUCAGAGCAGUAACAGCCUUAGUUAUGAAAAAUGGGUUCCCAAAUGUAAAAGAAUUAAAAUAUGAGUACUCAUAUCGAAAUAAUGCCUUACAGAAAAUGAUACUACAGAUGGGCGUUUCUAAAUACUAAUUCUUUGUCAAGUAUCUUUAUGAGUUCAAGUUCAAAAUUAAUUGGUUGAGAAAUAGUGGGAAUAAAAAUAAGGUAUUUCAUACUUCAGAAAAAUACACUGAGGAUCAAGCAGCAUGGUGAUAAUCAUGAUGAGAUACCCUAGUGGUUUAAGUUUUUAAGGAGAAUUAAAUGGGAGAGAUGCUAAAAAUUUUCUUGAUCUUUUCAAGAUGAGGGGGAAGAGGUCAUCCAUUUAUUUCCAGGGUGAAAAUUAUAGCUUGCUUUUUGACACUGCUGCUGCUGGCAUUACUCUGUAAUUUAAAAAUUAAAUUGUCUGUUCUUUAGCAAAACUUUGAAUCAGGUCAACUAUUUUUUUUUCAUACAUAUCAUUGCUUUUAUGAUCAUGUAAAGGCUGUGUACAGAGCAAAACUACUGAAUGAUUAGAAGGGGCCAAGUCCUGUUUAUCAGUAUUCCUUAAUGAUUUUAGUUUGGAUUCAUUAGCAUUUAUUUUAGACCACAUCUUUGAGUAAAUUAUCUUUCAUGUUUUCCAUCAUGUCUUCAAAUAAUAUUUGUAAAUUAGGAGACUGCAGUAUUAUAGUCAUGUUCCCCAUCCCUAGAGAGGGUAGAGACUAAUUUUUGUUUUAAGGACACCAGGAGAUACUUUUUAUUGAGGUUAGAAAAGGUCAACAUGGCCUGAAAACUCAAGAAAGAAAUAUGCUAACAAUUACUAAAUUUCUAAAUGUAUUUAUCCCUAAUGUAUUUAUCCCUACUAAUAUGUGAACAAUAUGUUAUACAUAAUAUUGUAGCUGGCUGUGGUAUGUCAGUACACUCUGUAAGUAUGUACAGUCUGUGAGUGAUUGGUUUUCUAUUUUUAUGUGUAGGAAAAAAUGACAUGCUCUAUUCCAUUUUAAGGCCAAGUUCUCUCACCCUGUAGGCACAUGUACAAAAGUGAGUAAAGCCAACAAAAUAGUGUAUAUGUGUAAUCAGCAACAGAAUUUGUCCUUUCAUUUUUGAAUGCCAGAAAGGACUGGGUUUUAUUUUUAUCAUCUUCAAGAGUAGAUAACAUAAUUAUCACGUAGUCCAAAUAUAGUAAUCAGUAUGUUGGCAUGCUGCUAAACAUGCCAGGGCUAAUUAACCACUCCAUUAGUCACAGGUAAGGUCAGUUGUUUGACCACUGGGAUGAUUUACUUUCUUCACACAUCCUCUCUGUGUUAAGUGUGUGACUAGGAUGUACAUACUAUGGGUGUAAUUGUGUACAUACCUUGUAUGAAUUAUCUCAACCCUCAAAGCAGAUGCAAGAAAGCAGUUAAGAAGAAAUGGUUAUUCAAAAGCCUCAAAAGGGCUAAUCAAUAGGUAUUUUCAUUUUCUACACAAAAAUGUAUAUAUGGCAUAACUGUAAAUAGCUUACCUACAUAAAUAUGCACAUAUAAAUGCAUUUUAUUCAUGCUGGUGUAUUUAAAUAAAUCACAAAUUAAAAUAACUAAUUGAAAACUACAUCUUUCCAAGACUGUUCUGUUUUACUAACAAUAUUUGAUCACAUGCUCCUCAUUAAAUGGUGUUUCUCCCUGGUAGAGAUGUAGUAUUUAGAAAAGCCUAGCAUCCUGAACUACAGAAAUCUAGUUAGCAUCUUAGUGAGGCACAGACUGGUACCUGAUCAGCUUCAAAGCUUUAAUGGUGUACUUCAGACACCUAAUUUUCUAUCUGGAAACAUCAGACACUGGGGAAAACCAAUUACGCUUUUUGGACUCCAUUUGGACAAUUAUCAGUGUGUUUAUUUGCACAGGCUGAUAAAAGCUCAACAUUUUUUAGAGCAAUAUAUUCCUAGAUUUCAAAAGAAUGUGUUAUCAAUUGAAGUGGAAAAUGAUCACAGGCUUUCUUCACUUGAGGUCAGCAAAACAAUGUUUAGCAACACCAGAGGGAAGAUGAACAUUAAAAUGAAAGAAAAAAUUACAAAUGAUGUUGGUAGGCUAAUAGGAUACUAGUAAUUGGGAGUUCCUUAAAAUGGAUUCAAAUAAAUUACUGUUACCAAUACAGGUGAUAUUGUGUAGACUAGAGAGCAGGGUUAGGGUCGUUAGACAGCAAGUGUCAACACUGGACAAGAUCCGUCAACUUAUCAUAAUUCUAAUUGGUAAAUUCAUGUUGUUAGAGUUUCACUUCUUCUUAAAGGGAACGUUCUACUAAUGAUUCAGAAAGUCUGAUCUUGUUCCUAAAAACUAGUAUGAUUUGGCCCUGAUUCCUUGAAACACUAAAAAUUAUGUUGGGUAAGUAUUAGAUUGAAGAUAUGAGUGGGAAUACCAAAAUUGCUCAUUAUUAGAGAAUUCCAUUCAGCAAAGUGCAAACAUAACCACUUCUCAGUAGAAAAUUCAGAAUAACAUUUAAAUAUUCAUGUUUUAGAGAAUUAACGUGCCAUCACUGUCUCUUAGCUAAAAACAAAGGGUUAACCAACCAUAAAGACACUACAAUAAUGACCAUAAUUGGCAGUAUUUUUUUUAACUACCAAAAAUGUACUUGUUGAAAGGGCAACAUAUCUAACAUCUUGAUGAUUGUCAUUAUCUGCUGUUGCUUAAAAGAUAAAUAUAUGUACUUAACUUGGAAGAUAUACAUUAACUUAAAUGCCACCCAGGAAAUGAAUCACUGUCAAUAUGAGAGUAAUGUAUGUGUGUAAAUACUCAGCUGAAAAGACCAAAAACAUAGUAUAAUGUUAAAUCAUUAAAGAAACAAUAUUCAAAAUGGAAAGUCCAUAUGAAUUACCCAUAUUGGAAUCUAAAGUUGUCUUUUCAUGCUGUCAUAAAUGGUUUCUUUAAUAAAGUUCCCAUCCUCUGGAUAAUGACCCGCCAAUGAAACUUCAUUUCCUAGAAAAAGAUGAAACGUUAUGAUUUGUACAUGGAUAGAAUAAGAUUUUGUAAUAUGUACACUUCCACCUUCACUCUGCAUUUGAGUUUCGAAUGGAUGUUCAAGAUGCUGAAAUUCAACUGGUGACUUUCAUCCUUGAAAAAUUUAAAAUAUGAUUUUUGCAUCUCACUUUCCAUAAUAAACAGAGUAUGAAAUUUACUUUUUUUGUUGUUAUUUUUGCUGCUGCUGCUGUUGCUGCUGCAGUUGAAAUUGUUCUUUUAGCCUUGGAUGUUUAGAAUCAGUUAAUUUUCAGUGUGACACUAAUUCAAUGCCAGGACUCUGCAGUGGAGCUGAAAGUAUUUAUGAUGAAAGUCAUUUAUUUAUUUAUAAGAGAAUUCCCAGAGAGCUGUUUUACCUGAUUUUGGUGGCACAGCACAGAGUGUCUGUGUGUGUGUGUGUGUGUGUGCAUGUGCUUUUACUCUUCUUUGGUGAGAGUGAUGAGUGUGGCAUACAUGGAGAUACGGUCAGGCUUAACUUGUCUUAUGUCCAGGCUUAGCUGCCUCUUGCCCAGAGCCAUCCAGGUCUGUGUAGUUCUAGCUUCUUCACGUAGUCUUUGUGAAUAAAUCCGAGUCCUGCAAUUCCUGGAAGGAGACAGAAAGCCCUACUGUGUCCUCCAAUCCAGCUCAAUCCCUUUUGACCUCCCUGAAUCUGUCCUCAUCAAGGAACCGUAGGGAAGAUUGAGUUCAAGAUUUACGCAUCCCAAAUCUCAAAAAAAUGAUUUAGUGAAGUUUCCAUGAAAUUUAAACAAAUUGGUUCAAAAUUUCCAAGGUAUAUUCUCCCUCUGACUACUCUGUGUAUAAACACCUGCUAUUUCAGAUUAAAGUGGUGUCCUAGAGCUGCCAUCAUCUAAUUCUUCUGAAUACUUAGACAUUCAUUCUUGGCAAAAUUAAACCUCAUGUGUUUCCAAGGAUAUAAAUGCUAUCCAUGAGGAAGUUAGAUUGUGCGACAUUCCUCAGGGUGACGAAAAGAGAUUUUUUUCUUAUGUCUCGAGCUGUUUAUGUCCUACCAGCAGGUGUUUGUCUCAUUAAGUGUAAUUUCCAACCAACUGUUCUCACUCAUCCACAUCCUCAACUUUGAGUAGUAGACAGAAGAGGGGCCUUCUUAGUAUCACUCUGGCUUCACUGGACUGAUUGUAAACUCAAAGUAUCACAUUUCUUAUGAAACUCCUUGUUGUAAAUCAAAUAGGAUCACUUUCGGUCUACCACACAUUCCUGAUGAACUCAUGAAUGCCAACAUUGUUUAGUUUUCCUUAAAACCAGCUAGACUAUCAGUUAACUAAUGUACGUGGUUCUAAAAACUGCAGUCAGUUUUUCCAAAUAUAACACUGAGGACAUGUUAACAUAGUCAAAAUUCAGAUUGUCACGGUGGAAGCUGAAAGUGCUCAUGGAGGUUUCUAGUGGGUGUAUUGGCAUCUUGGGACUAUUUCCUGACAUCGUUUUUUAUUCCUACUUGACACCUCUCAAUCAAACUGCACAGGAACUUUGGUCUACCAUGCAAAAAGAAAAAAAAUGAAACAAGCAGAAAGUCAUUACUGAAGAUAUUAUAAGUGUUUAAAAAUAAAACAUGAUAAGACUUCUUAAAGGACUGGAAAAUAUUUGCUUGUUAUCUGAGUCCUUUAAGCUGAAAUUCAUAGGAAGAAUAAAGGCUAUGUGCCAAACACUUAAAUGCUCCCAUUAUAUGUCUCAACCAUGGGAGGUAUUGUGUUAAAAUGUGCUCUAUUUUUGGUUAUUUUUUUCCAUUGCAGAUUGAGACAUAUGAAUUGGAUGACUAAAGUGAUAUGGGGAAAAAUACCAGGCUUUGAACCAAAAAACCAUGGGUUCAGAUCUCAGCUUGGAAUCAACAAGCUAAAUUCCUUGUCCAGGUCAUUUAAUCUCUUUGAGGCUCAAUGUUUUCAUCCUCAAAAUGAGGAUAACAAUACAUAAUUUGCAAAAUUGUGUGUAUUGAAUGACAUAAUUAGGCAAAAUAAAUAUUCUUUCCUUCCCCUG